UCGCUGAGGCCGGUCGCUGUUUCUCGUCGUGGAAUGUUUGUACUCUACAAUAGUUUCUGAAUUUCAGUUAAAAAUAAAUGAUGACCCUUAGUGAUGAUGACCCCCGGUGAACUAGGACUGCAUCCAAGAACUACAUUUGCGGCACAUCCAUAGUCAGUGUUAAUCAUUGGAACUCGAUUUAAAUACCUGAGUGAUCUGGAAAUCAAGUGAAAAUGCGUGGGUAUUGUGUAAACUUGUGCAUAGUUGUGCUAAUAAGUUUGUAUAUCAGGAAUGCAAAUGGACAAACAGAAAUUAUAUCAAAUACGACUCGACCUGCGAACAACACAAAACCGGUUAUAAAAACCAACGUCCAUGAAACAGAAGGUUUCAACAGUAGCAACGUUAAAUCUGGGCCUGUCCUGAUCAUUGACAAGAAGAAUAUAUUUAUUUCAAAUUUAAAUUACAUUAGCAAAGAUAACGAUACGUAUUUCUGGGCAGGAGUGGGAGAACCAUCAUCAAACGGCUUAUUAGUUCCAGAUGAAAAUAACACGACGAGUCCUUUGAGGACCUAUGAAGGACAGAAUAUUUACUUGCAGUUACCGGACAGAUGGACAUAUGAUAAAAUCGACUACGUCGCUGUGUGGUCUGUAGAAGCGAAGACUGACCUAGGACAUAUUUUACUUUAUAAGAAUAACAGUGAGGCGAGGAAUAAUGUACCUGAAGCAUUAGGAUACCAUAAGAUGACGAAAGACAACAAACCAAUAUAUCGGAUACCCACCUGCUGUGGAUUAAACGAAAUUUAUCUUUCCGAAACAAAAACUUGUACAUCAGUGGACACGGAUCUGACAAUUGACUUGGCAGUAUUUGAUAGUAACGAAACACAUAUAGAUCCUGAGCGACUUCUGGACAAUGUGGAGUUUGCACCCUACCGAUAUUUUGCACAAUGUGGGAAGAACUCUGUUGGGGUAAUAGUGGAAAAAGAAGAAGUGCUUGGUUUCAUAUAUAACAGUAGUCUUUUAUAUUAUUUCACCCCGGACGAUUAUGGAACUUUACACCACGGAUCGUUUUGUAUACUGUAUCGCAACGUAACCGAACAUAAAGUUGUUGUAUGCACGGAUCUUCCAGUUACAGAGGGUGCUAGUAUCAGUUAUCUGUAUCUUCCAUUUUUAAUCAUUUCAACGAUUUGUUUCUUCUCGUCCGCUGUGAUUUAUAUUGUCAUUCUGAAAGCCAGAGAUAUCCACAGGAAGUGUUUUGUGGGAUACUCGAUAUCAAUGACAGUUACAUUUAUAUCUCUAAUAUGCCUUCAAAAGAUGAGCGGGGCUUGUAAUUUCACGGGAGGAUUAUUUAUGUUUUCCAUGAUAUGCUCCUUUGUAUGGUUGGCCUGUUUAUGUAUAGAUCUGAUAUAUGUUGUUAAAUCAACGGGUCGUCGUGCUCAAGAUGACACAAGAAUUUAUGUCUACAUGGCUGUUUCAUUGCUAGUUCCUGUUGUAGUUUUAACAGUUUCCCUUAUACCAGAUGGAAUACCUGAUAUACCAUUAUCAUUCGUUAAGAGUUAUUCAGGAGCUGACACUUGUAACUUUGGAGAAGUGAAGAUAGGGGUGUUCUUCAUUCCCAUUGGUUUACUAAUAUUGGCAUCUGUAGUUGGUCUGUGCUACACCUCCUACAUCAUAAAUACCCAUGACGACCGGAAAGACUACGAAUGGUUGCAUAACAAGAGCCGUUUUAAGUUCAUGUUGAGAUCGUGCUUCUUGGUCUGGAUAACAACAUUCAUCUGGUUAAUAGAAGCACUGGCAAACGUUAUAAUAAUGGGGACUGCAAUUCAAUACGCAAUUGAUUUAAUUGAAGCCUUACAGGGGACUUUUGUAACAAUAAUAUUCGUGCUAAAUAAAUAUACAAGGAAAGAAAUUAAAAGGGUCAUAUAUAAAAAGCAAAAUGAAAAAGAGAUGCAAUCAAUGUAUGACGAUGUGCUAAACGAUUUCGGUAAUCAAAAUUCUACAAAUGAAAAUAAAAGGAUGGCAGAUAAAUAAUAUUUUAUGUAAAUAAUUAACAUAUUUUGAAAAUACAAACUCGUCUAUGGAGUAUCUUUGCGCAAUCGAACGUUAAAGUACUUAAUCACCAAAAUAUAUUUCGAGCUAUGUAGCUAUUUUCACUUUUAUUUAUUUUUAUUGUUAGAAAAAUGUCAUCACAUUCGCUAUUUAUAAAACUUCACUUUACAUUUUAUAUAGAUGUACGUGCUGUAGUAUUUUUAACUAUAGGUGUCUACAUUUAACUUCAACGUACCUAGAUUAGAGAUUAAAUAUUCACAAGUAUGAUCAUUCAUAUAAAGAAUAUGUUAUAGUAUUUCAAUUUUUUGUAUAUAUUUAAGAAUUCUGUUCACUACUUUAAAAGAAUAAUAAUUACAUAUUAAUCCUAGAACU